AUGUGUAAGAAGCAAAUGCAAUCUCCACGACCAAAAUAUAAUAUGAAACAAAUAGAAAAGUAUGAAGAUUUAGAGUUGGCAAGUUUGGAAUUAUUGAGAGGAAUUUAUGAGUAUGGAUUUACAAAAUUACCAGACCUUCACAAAAAAUGUAUCAUGCCAAUUAUUUCAUCAGAACCUCCAAUUGAUGUUGUAGUUAAUGCUUACUGUGGUACUUCUAAAACUGCUGCCUAUGCUAUUUCUAUUUUAAAUAGAAUCUAUCCAAUAGAUGAUUCUACUUAUUCGAAAGGAUGUCCACAAGCACUCAUUUUAGUUUCAACCAGAGAGUUGGCAAAAAGUGUGUCUUAUUUAAUUAAGAGUAUAGGUCGAGGUUUGAAUGUAAGUGCCUUUCCAUUAAUUGGAGGCACAAAGACUACAGAAAUGAUUGAAAAUUUAAAUGAAAUUCAUCAUGUCAUUGUUGGAACACCUGGUACAACAUGGAAUGCAAUUGUGAGGGGCUAUCUGAAUGUUAAAUAUUUAAAAAUACUAAUUAUCGAUGAAUUUGAAUAUAUUUUGGAUGGAGGAUUCAAGGAUUGUGUUGAGGAAAUAUUGAACUCGGUUAGAAAAAUUAAUCUUCAAAUAUGUUUAUUUUCUCAAGAUUUUAAGGAAGAACGGGUAAUGAAUUUCAUUGAAAAAGAAUUGAGAAAUCCUGUAAAAAUAGUCUAA